AUGGCAGAAGCAUUACUUUCUGGUCUUGCACCCAAAAUCUUAAAGGACUUGGGCUCUCUCCUCAUCCAAGAGAUUGGAACGGUAUUGGGAUUAGAAAAGGAAUUGAGUAAACUCAAGGCCUCUUUAUCCACAAUCGAUGCCAUAUUAUCGGAUGCGGAGAAGAAAGGUGCAACCAACGAAGUGGUGAAAGAUUGGUUGAGAAAGCUGAAGGAUGUAGCUUACGAUACUGAAGAUGUGUUGGAUGCAAUUGCAACGGAAGCCUUGCGACAGAAACUGGAGCUUCCAAGCAAUAUUGUUCUAAAACAGGUAUGCAGAAGCUUCUCGCCUUCAAAUCCACUUGUAUUUCGUUUGAAAAUGGCUCAUAAAAUAAAGGAUAUCAUAGAGAGGUUAGAUCAUAUUCAAAAGGAUAGUGUUGUAGCUCAAUUUCAAUUUACAACUCAUCAUCAAUCUGUAGACAUGGACAUCAAUGAUAGGAGGCAUACCGACCAUUUUGUAAUUGAAUCUGAGGUCAUGGGUAGAGAAGAGGAUAAAGAAAAACUAGUAAAGCUGUUAACUUCAGGUGGUGGAAAUAAUGAAGACAAUAAUGUGAUGGUCAUUCCCAUAAUUGGGAUUGGCGGGUUAGGGAAGACAACACUUGCUCAGCUUGUGUAUAAUGAUGAAAGUGUCAUCAAGAAGUAUUUUGACGUGCGAAUGUGGGUAUGUGUCUCCUUUGAUUUUAAUGUUGUGCACCUUGCAAAGAAAAUUCUUGAAUCUCUAACCAGUGAUAACUGUAGUGGUUUGGGGGAAAUUCAAGCAAAAUCACAACUGGUAGAAAAACUAUCUGGAAAGAGAUAUUUGCUUGUCCUAGAUGAUAUCUGGAAUGAAAAAAAUCCAGGUAAAUGGGAGGAUUUGAGAAAACUUUUAAUAGGUGGGGCAAGUGGAAGUGUGAUCUUGGUAACCACCCGUAGUGAAGUGGUUGCAUCAAUCAUGCAACCAAUCAAAUAUAUGUACAAAUUGGAAGGGUUAAAUGAAAAUGAUUGUCAAUCUCUAUUCAAUCAACGGGCGUUUGGCAGGAAAGAAGAAGAAGCAAACCAUCCUGAGCUAGUGAAAAUUGGGAAAGGUAUAGUGAAAAAGUGUGGAGGAGUGCCUUUGGCUGCAAAGGCAUUAGGAAGCUUGUUGCGCCUCAAAAGAAACAAAAAGGAUUGGUUGAAUAUCCUAGAUACGAAAAUUUGGAACCUAGAGGAACAAGAAAUACUACCUGCUUUAAGGAUAAGCUACAACCACCUGCCAUCCCAUUUGAAGCAAUGCUUUGCAUAUUGUACUAUGUUCCCAGAAGAUCAUGAAAUAGAAGUUGAUGAUUUGAUCCAUCAAUGGAUGGCACAUGGGUUCAUCCUCCAACCACCACCACCAACUAGGGGAGGUGGAAGUCACAGUACAAUGUCGUUAGAAGACAUUGGGUAUGGGUAUUUCAGGGACUUGCUAUGGAGAUCAUUCUUUCAAGAGGUAACAGAAGAUGAUAAGCUUGGCAAAAUUAUGAAAUGCAAAAUGCAUGACCUGGUGCAUAGCCUUGCACGAUGGGUUGCAGGGAUGGAAUGGUCGAAGGUAACAGUAGACUGCCCCUCCUCGAGAAUAAUAUCUAUACCUAAGGGAGUGAGACACAUGGAACUGUCUAAAAAUUUAAACGUCGUUCCUGUAGUCACAGAUGACAAGACCCAAAAGUUACGGACACUUUACUUGCCCCCAAAUUUUUGUAUUUCGAGAAAACAAAAUGAUCUUUUCUCACCUUUGCGAGGCUUGCGCGUGUUACAAUUGAGCAUAGUCUUCGUCGUACCGACUUCCUUAGGUUACCUGGAACAACUAAGGUACCUUGACCUAUCCCACAAUCAUUUCAAAGCACUCCCUAAUUCUAUAUGUAGGUUGUAUAAUCUGCAAACAUUAAGACUUGAGGGUUGUAUCGUAUUUAAAGAGUGGCCCAGAGAUAUCACAAAAAUGGUUAGCCUUAGACAUCUUCAGUUGGAUGAGACGUGUCACUCUAUGCAAUACAUGCCACGUGGGUUGGGGCAGUUGUCUUCUCUUCAGACUUUGUCAUAUUUCAUUGUGGGCGACGAAAGAAGAAGGAGAAGUGGUGGGCUUGGGGAGUUGCAUGGCCUAAACCAGCUUCGAGGGGAGUUAUUUAUCAGGGAGCUUGGAAAUGUGAAAUAUGUCAGAGAUGCCAAGGAAGCAAAUUUGAAGGACAAGUCAGAGCUUCAAUCUUUGAUAUUGGAUUGGGGUUAUCCAGGAGAUAAUAGGAGGAGGAGGUCAUCAGUAGAAGAACAAGUGUUGGAGAAUCUCCAGCCGCACCAAAAUCUCAAGGCAUUGAGUAUUGAAUAUUACGAAGGCAUCAAGAUGCCACGCGUCUCCAUCUAUUAA